AUGGACUCAACUCUCUCCCUCCUAACCUCCUACCUUCCACAACACGAAGGACUCCUCCCAAAAUGGCUUUUCUUCGUCUCAGUCGUCUCGGUCGGAAACUCCAUUCAAGCAUACCUCACCACUGCCUACUCAGCACAAGUGUAUCUCGGCCCUGUAAACUCCUUAAAGCCAGCCACCGCAUACGAUCCCGCUCCCAAUAGCCCCGUCACCCCGCUGUCCUCGAGGACGUUCGGAACAUGGACUUUGAUUCAGUCAUUGGUUAGGUUGUAUGCCGCGUACUAUAUCGGUGUUGCGCCAGUCUACCAGAUGGCUUUCUUGACAUACCUUGUGGCGUGGGGCCAUUUUAUGAGCGAGUGGCAGGUGUUUGGGACGGCAAGGUUGGGCAAGGGAUUGAUUGGGCCGUUGGUCGUGAGUACAUCUAGUUUGGUGUGGAUGUUCUUGCAAUAUGGGUUCUACGUUCAAUAA